GCCCACAGCCAUCCCUGGGUGGGCUUGAACCACCAGCCUUCUGGUUAACAGCCAGACACACUGACCCAUGCUGUUGGUCUCCCAUCAAUCUGACUCCCUCAGCCAACAUAGCCAGUGGCCAAGGAUGAGUUGUGGCCCUCCAUCCAUGUUCUAGGAGAAAACAGAGACCUAAUAAGACCUUGUUAGUGGAAACUGUCACAACCAGCUUGCUUCUGUUGCUUUUUCCACUUGGCAUGCUCUAUUCUUUUCACUCACAAGACCCAGCUAAGAAUUAAAUUGGCUCUAGCACAGGAUUUUUGAAAACUGUUUCUCUUCCUCAUAGAGUAUGUAAAAUGCUGGCUUUAAUGGAAAACUCCCUGAAAAUGUAGUAAAGGUUAAAUAAAUACCUAGCAGAAAAUAUUCAGUCAUGUGAUUUACACAGGAAUAAAUGGUGCAGUGUUCUCUGCUGCCUGCAGUUUAAUUCUGUGUUGCUGUGGUGGGAUUCAGAAAUGUGUAGUGUGUAACUUCUGGGUGUUUAAAGAUGUCUGUAACUGGAUGAAUGUUUGCUGGCUAGCAUAGAUGUUGGAGCAGUGCAUUUUCCUCAAAGUGCCACUAGGUGCCAGGAAAGAAUCUGACUUAGGAGCAGCGGUGGCAGCAGCACAAAAGAGAAAAGGCAAGACGUAAAUGACAGUCAUGAAAGUUAACAUUUCAAGCAGAUCUCCGAUAUACUCCCAUUUGAUUUCUACCACUGUGAAUGUGCUCUUAAUAGAGGAACUGCUUGUUUUGGUGGUGGUACAGCAGAAAUGGUAUUGAAUACCUUGGUUUCAUAAGCAGCUAGGAGAAAUGUUUGGUUUGGUUCCAGACCAUAAUGUGGGAAUACUGAAAUUUGUUUUCAACAGAUUUCUAAAUGGAACUCUUAUUACAAUUAUAUCUGUCUACGUAGGGAAUGUUUUUCCACACCUUGUAUAAAAAAUAUCUGUUUCUCUCAGAGCUCAAGCACCAGCUAAUUGUAAAAACAGUCUGCAAAUUUUAAGCUAUAAAAGUAUGGGCAGAGUGUAAAAAAAAAUAGUGCUAGCCUUUCCAAAAUAUGCUGGUUUCUUGGGGACCCACCCAUGGUUUUUCAGUCUGUUCAGUCGCUUCUCAUCAUUAAGCCCGCCCACCUCUUCAAAAAUGAAAGGGCUGUUUUUCUCAGUAUCUGCCUUUAAAUUAAAUGUAUGCAGUAAGAACUUCUCUCAAACUGAAGUUCCUUGCUACUUUAUGCAGGGCAUACUCUUAUCCAGUUACUAGCACUAUUGAUCUUUCAACAGUGAAUCCUAGAUUUGAUAAUUAUGUGGAACUUGGUUCCUACCAACUUCCUGUAACUCUACACCGCUGGGUAAAAAUAUUAGUGGUCAUACACUGCUAAAGAAAGCACAGACCCAGAUUCAGCCAGGGCAGCCGGGGGAAUCUGUAGGAAGAACUGCUGUUGAAUUAAUUUGCCAUGGAAGGGUAGAAUUCAGACAAGGCUUCCAGUGUUGGUCCACUGCAGCUGAGUUGAGCUUUAAAGGUCGCUUGGCACUAAGUGUUUUGUCAGUGAAUGUGCUCUUCACAACAAGCAACCCUGGGCAGGCCAGAGACGGUAGUGUGGCAGGAAUGACUUGCUAAAUUCAGAAGGCACUCUGGCUAACAGCUACCUGCAUUUCCGUGGUCUUCAUCUGUUAUACUGAAGAUUAACUGGCAAGUGAUUGCGGGCAGCUGCCUUCCACUUAAGAAGAAGAAGAAAAAACUCUCUGACCUUUAUCUUUGGAAAUGAGGACAAAUGGCAAGGCAGUUGAGGCUGCAUUUUGCAGCUGAAAGGAGUCACACGGAUCCGUUAUUAGAGACCCUUGGAGAUGGCUGGUAUAAAGAAGAUACUCGCAUGUACACCCAAAGUCCUGAGUCGAACGCUGCCCCUUACGUUGUUGAAAUGAAGCGGAAUCCCAAUCAAAUGCAGGAAGAAAACAAACUGCCAGUUUCGUCCCGAAAACCCAAGCGGAGCGCUUCGCUGAAGAUUUCCUUGCAGACUUCUAGAGGCAGUGGAUGUUUGCAGCCCGUGGCCUUGGAAGACCAUACUUCCCUGGUCAGCCUAAGGAAGAAAGGGGACUGUUGUAACAGGAAUGCGACUGUCAGUCAGUCUCACCAGCUAACAAAUGGCAGCGGUCUGGCUGAUACUGCAGCGUUUGGUGGGGUUCCCAGCAGUUUCUCAGCCAGUGACAAAGGAGCCUACAGCAGCGCAGGGAGUGACUAUGGGUCGUGCACAAGUACCACAAGUGAUGGCGGGUCCUAUAGCAGUAGCAUCAUCAGUGACAGCAGUAGCUGCCCCCUUUCUGCUGGAGAUGCCUGUCUUUUUUCUGGUAACAUGGUCUCUGGCAGCUCUGCAGGUCGAAGCACCAACCCCAAAUCCUCUGCUCCCCACAGGAGCAGCACUGCGCAGAAUAGUGUAAGCAGAAAUAUUUUUGACCAAGAAGACCCAGAGCAAGCUGUGAGGGCAACAAAACUGCCAUCAGCGAGAGAGAGAAAUGUUUCCUUACGACGCUGCUCAUCUCUGGUCAUUUUCCCAAGGAGUCCUUCAGAUACGCCGCCAAUGUCUCCAACGUCUCCUCCGCCAACUCGGCGGCCCUCUCAAGUGUCUCAUAGUGAGCAGGUGCAAAGUGAAGACAAGGCCGUGUCCGGGGGGUCCCUCUCUACUGUAGUCAAUGGAUUUCGGCUUUCUAAAGGUUCUUGUUUUCCUAAUGAAAGUAGGGAUGUUAGGCAACUGCAUUUGAAUAGCUCACUGUGGGAGAGAACUUGCGGUGAGCAAGGCACCUGUGAGGAAAUACCAAAUGGAGGUUCUUGUAUUUCAUUUCACCUCUCCCAUGGAGCACGAGCACCGAAGGGAGACACCGUGUCCUCUUCCAGCGGAUCCUCCAUAGCAGCCUACCCUAAUCGAAGAGUCAGACAUACGGCAUCUGCCUGUUUGCCCUCGAAUUUGGAGGAUCAUGCUAGCAUAGGAACUGAAGAAAGAUCAUCUGCGUGGAGAAGCAAGCCCCAUCAUGGCCUACAGAGGAGCCUCUCACUGGGAUCGUCCCAGCCUUCAUUUCUAUCUAGUUUUAAAUACAGUUCCAAAGCAGGAACGUCACAUUUACACAUACAGUUUGGAUCCGAGAGAGAGGGCAAGCCUAGUGGAGUUCAAAGGAGUACUUUGAGGAAACCUCUUGAGGUGAGUCCCUAGCUCCAAAAAGAGCGACCUCUUGCAUGUGAUGCUUUUUAUUUACACUAAAAUGGGGUUAAACGUCUGUGGAACAUAUUUUAAAGCUCUUUUAUUGUA